UUGAGUACGCGCGGCCGCCGACCCACCAGCCUCCUUGAUGCAUGUAGGUUUUAUACGUGAUACAUCUCUGUCACAACUAACCACGCAAAUGCAGCCCUGCCCCAAGACGGUCCUACUCCUCCGGACAGCCAAACCCAAUUAAGAUAGAUCUGCGCGAUCAAUGGACUUCGCGCACACUUCGACAUCCCGGUACAGAAGGGGCCUGUCGUAUUUCUGGCUGCGUUUGUGUUGACUAUUCGAAACACCAGUCAGCGAUUUCUCUCUAGUAACCUAUCUGCAUCGGAGGUUCAUUUCACGGGGGAUUAUUUUUCUGCCUGCUGGAUCGAGCGUGUGGACCCGCCCUAGGCGUCGUCAACCUACUUGAUUGAAGCGAUCAUAGGUCUUUUACGCUCUUUACAUAUUAUGAAGUCCAGAGGAACGAGAGCGUGCCGGUGAGUGUGUGACGAUGCGGGGACGUCGCUGAAACCCCUCUUUUCCGAUCAAAGUCGACUGGUCCGGGCGUACGUCGUUCGCAGGAAUCCAACGCUAGCUGCCCGUACAAACCCUUUAUAGUAGCCCUGUAAGCAGCUGGCACAAUACAGUAGUGAGGCGCCCGCACCACGAUGAUACAGCCGUCUUGGCUCGCCUUCUACAUCCUGGCUUUCCGGGCAUUAAAAGGUUCAGGAGCACAAGGGAACGGCGGGACACCGAGAGCAGUCACCGCGGUGGUCGGGGAGUCCGUGACGCUACCAGCCGCCUUUUCUACCCGCGAGAACAUACUUUCCGUCACGUGGAGCAAAGUGAACACAGAUCAGUCAACAGUACAACAAAGAGAACCCGUAUUUGUCUUUUCAAAUGGGAACUCGAAGUCACACGGAGCGUACAAAGACAGAGUGCUUCUCUCCGGGAAGGUAUCAUUACGCAUUGCUAACAUCCGAGUGCAGGAUGACGGGAUGUACGUGUUGAACGUCAUGACAGAAGACCUGGAGACGGGAGAGGAGUAUGUCCGCUUGAUCGUGAUGGUGCCUCCAGUCGUGAAGGUUGGACCGUCCAGUCCUGUGGUUAGCAGCUGGGGAAAGUCAGUGACAUUCAAGUGCACAAUAAGCGAGGCACGGCCUAAUAUCUCCGCCUUACACUGGGAAAAAGACGGCAUCCCCGUUCAGAGCAUUGGCGUGAGCUCCAAGUACUCUGGGGGAACCCUGGCGUCGCCAUCUUUAACCGUACGUCACGUGACCAGAGCAGACACGGGCAGUUACACAUGCGUGGUAAAUCACGUGGUCAGACCAGUCACUUCAAGUGUACAGCUAAAAGUCCUAUACCCGGCAUCUAUCAUAAGCAUAUCAGACGCGAUCGCCGUGACUGUUUCUGACCGAGUGACUCUUCAGUGUGUAGCAGACGGCAACCCUCCCCCCAACAUCACAUGGACCAAAAAUGGAGUCUUACUGCCGUCUGUGGCGCACACGUUAUCUAAUGACGUCCGCGCCUCGUCCGUGACGCUGAAAAGGGUGCGGAUGAACAACACCGGAGCCUACGUCUGCGCGGCAAGCAACGGCGUGGGCAAGAGCGACUCCAAAGCUGUGCAACUCAGCGUCACACCGCAGGGAGGGCUGCCGGCACGACGCAUUAACGCUGCCGAGGAGCUCAUUACGGCCCUCACGCAAUAUAAGGGGGUCAAUAAAUCAUCCCUGAUGCGCGGGAAGUCCUGA